AGUGAGUGGUAAAUGCACCGUGCUCCGGCAGCAGCCAGGGAUCACCCCGCGCAUCUCCCCGCUGGCAGCAGCAGUGUUCUGCACUGGAGGACUUGGGAUUUCUGCAACAUUCCGUAUCUUUAUUUCUGCAGUGAAAUGAUUUGUCCCAUCUUAUGGUCAGAGACCCGCUGGCUGUAUACAGAGACCCGCUGGCUGUAUACAGGGGCUGGCAGUGGAGAAGAGAUCGGACUAUUCUUGUGUCACCAGGCUCUGUUAUAUUAAUGAGAAGAGUUCACAUUUCUUUUGGACACUGGCUGUGGCAGAACACGGGAUGUUGACUUAUAGGAUGGAAGAUCAAGUUGUCCAUCGCACGUGGCUCCGGGGAUUCAUUUGAGUCGUCAUCACCAUGAAACACGUCUUUCCCAGUACUGAACAGUCCAUCAUGGAGUUGGUAUUAUAGAUAAGGCUCAGGACUGAAGUGUCCAUUUCCUACCAACAUGGAGAACGGCAGCAAGUUUGACAGUCCGACCAAUAUCUCAUUGGCAAACAAUGAUUUGGUUUCUAGUAUGAUCGAAUACAAAGCCAUCUCCGUAUUCCUGGUUCUACUGAUCUGCGGUAUUGGCAUAAUAGGCAACAUCAUGGUGGUUCUAGUGGUGUUCAUUACCCGUGACAUGAGAACCCCAACCAAUUGUUAUUUGGUCAGCUUGGCUGUGGCUGAUUUAAUGGUCCUGGUGGCUGCUGGAUUGCCCAACGUAUCAGAUAGCUUGGCUGGGACAUGGAUCUAUGGACAUGCCGGGUGUCUCGGGAUAACCUACUUUCAGUAUUUGGGCAUCAACGCCUCCUCCUGUUCUAUCACAGCCUUUACGGUUGAGAGAUACAUCGCCAUUUGCCACCCUAUGAAGGCCCAGACAGUUUGCACAGUGUCCCGCGCCAAGCGUAUAAUUGCCAUAGUGUGGGUCUUCACCUCCAUUUACUGCAUGUUUUGGUUCUUCUUGGUGGACAUUCAAGUGAACAAAAGUCAACAGGUGGAAUGUGGCUACAAGGUCUCCCGUAACCUUUACCUGCCCAUUUAUUUGACUGACUUUGCAAUAUUCUACGUGAUUCCGCUGUUCGUGGCCACCAUCUUGUAUGGGCUGAUCGGCCGGAUCCUGUUUCUCAGCCCCAUCCCCGAUCAUCCAGAAAGCACCACAGAGAGACUGAGGGAGAAAAGCACCAAGGAAAAAAAUGGGACAAAAACAGAAGGCAACAAGAUGAACAAUCGGAAUCGUCCAAAAGGGGCGUUGUCCUCACGGAAACAGGUCACCAAGAUGUUGGCAGUGGUGGUUGUACUGUUUGCACUCCUGUGGAUGCCCUACCGGACUUUAGUCCUAGUGAACUCAUUCAUGGAAAAUCCUUACUUAGAUCCCUGGUUUAUUCUCUUCUGCCGUGUCUGUGUCUAUGCUAACAGUGCAAUUAAUCCCAUCAUCUACAACCUCAUGUCUCAGAAGUUCCGCACUGCCUUUAAGAGGUUGUGUAAGUGUGGUCAGAUGGAGAGCCAACGGAGAAGCAUGUACAUGACCACCAGUAACUACAACAUGGUGAGGGAUUCUGCUACCGUCAGAGGGGAGAAGAAAGUGAAACCACCACCCGAGAACCCUUCCACUGUACCUGAGCAGACCGACAAGGCCAGGGUGGAAGGAGAGUUGUAUUAUAGUGUGGUUUAACUUAUAUUGUGCCCUAGCUUAAGGUCCAUGUACCUAGCAGCGGUGCCAGUAUACGGUAGGGCCAGCAUUGAUUACACAAAUACGUUCUCAUUGUCAUGAACAAGCAACAGAUGCUAAGACCAGACCUCAGACCAUGAUUUGUAGAUCUCAGAGAGUCCUGGCAUCAGGCACAAUCCUAUGUCGGAUGGAAGACCAGGGCUUUAAAAUGAGUUUGCAUUACAGAUACGGGCACCACCUUCUAUGUUCCCAAGGUUUUAUCCACCGGACACGCGCUUGAAUUUGACUAUAAUGUUGUAAGUGACCGUGAUGAAGACCAGCAAUGACCAUGUACCUACCACAACGUAAUGGAGACCCAUUCAAAUGGAUAGCGAGAUAUUGCCAGCAAACAAUGCUAAUGCAGAAUCCUGCCUCUCAUCCCGUCGUUGUGUCCAUCCAGUGGCCCCAGAGCAGACCAUGAUAGAUGUUAGUGUUACAUACAAAGAGCAGAGUGUGAUAUCUGUGAAUAAUGGAAGUAAAUUGCAUCAUUAUUUUUAUGUCAUUCCAUCAUUCCGCAGAAUUAUUCAUCAGACAUUCCUAAAAAUAUAAACUUUUACCACAUUACUUCUAAAAUGUUUUGGAAGCAUAUUAAUAAGACGCUUCUACCGUGCAAAAGAACAAAAUGGCAUUCAGUUGUGGUAUAUUGUGCAAAAAACAUAAAAUAAAUGCCAU